AUGCCUACACAAGCUCGUUGUGACCGGGUACCCCCUCCGCACGCCAAGUGGGAUGCCCUGGACCUGAGGGUUUUGCAAGAAGACGAUCUGCCAUUGGAUCCUCGAUCCUGGGGUCGUGCGGAGGUCGGUACAUGGGUGUCACGACGUGGCGGUCUACCGGAGCGGUUUCCUAUGAAUGGGAAAGCCUUGUGUCUCAUGUCGAAAGAUAUGUUUGCAUCAAGAGUGCCACAUAACGGACAUCUUCUUCAUCAGGAUUUUAGAAGAAGGCUAGCGAAGGCUUUAGCUUUACAGGAACUAAUAGAAAAGAUCGCAACACACUGA